AUGGAUCGCGGUGACGAGGAUUCGCUUCCCGCUGUGAUUGCUGACGACGAAACAGGCGGAAGCGGUGCUGGAUCGAAUGGAGGAGAUUCACGUGAACUGGAAACAAAUAUACGUGAAUCAGGCGAAAACGCGGGUGGUGAUAUCUGUGCAGCAGCUAUAGAAGAGGUCCCAUGUGAACCGUGUACGUCAAAUACUGUCGACACACACGUACAACAAGAGGGCGAGGACCCGGACGUAAUUAGCCCCACACCCUCAGAUAUGGAAAUACAUGAUCCGGAAGCGAAUCUGGAUGACAACGAUCAUCGCUAUGUUGGUUUGGUCAAUCAGGCGAUGACCUGUUAUCUCAAUUCACUUAUCCAGACGCUUUACAUGACGCCAGAAUUCCGAAAUGCCAUUUAUAGGUGGCGAUUUACUGGUUCAGAAACCGAAGCGAUGACAUGCAUUCCAGGCCAACUGCAGAAAUUAUUUUUACUUCUGCAAACCAGUGAGCAGGAAUCGCUGGAGACUGUCGAUUUAACAGCUUCAUUUGGCUGGGAUGGCGCAGAUGGUUAG